AUGGCCACCAAUUCCUCCUCGUCCGUCGUGCCCGCCGCCGCUCGCUCGUCGACCGACACCAACAACAACGCCGCCAACCAAGUCACCUCGCCGGUCGAGCCGUCGUCGCGCCGCACGAGCUUCAGCUUCCUGCGGCGAACAAAGUCGAACAGCGGCACCCAUCGCAGCGUGUCUGGCGGCAGGAUGGGCAGGAAAGAGAAGGCGCGACGCGAGGAGGAGCUCCUGCGCCAGCAGCGCGAGGCAGCCAUGCUGCCCAAGCAACCGCCGCGCCUGCCGAACCCUCCGGCCCUCCCAACCAUCAACACCUUUGGCGGUGAAAACGCUCCCGCUCCCGCUCCACCAGCUCCCGCCCUUCGCCCCGACUCGUACGCCUACGUCUCUCAGCACGCAGACGUCACCAGCCCAACCAUGGAGUACCGCAGCCCUCAGUCGUUCACCUCGCCUCACGCCGCCGCGCUCCCGCCCAUCACCUCACCCACUGACGAGCUUGGACCUUACGCGCAAGCCGAGAGCAUGACGCACCGCGGUCGCUACAGCUACGCCAGCCCCGGCGUCGGUGCUGUGAGCUCUGCCCGUAGAGUCCGCAGAAGGAAGGACCCUACUCCCUUCAACAUCCUCGUCAUCGGUGCCAGAAACAGUGGCAAGACUUCCUUCAUUGAGUUCCUCCGCACCUCUCUAGCCUUGCCCGAAAAGAAGCGCGCCCACACUCCGCCCGCUCCGCAGCAGGCUAACAGCCCGGACUCGCCCUUCACUUCUCAGUACGUCGAGACGGAGUUUGACAAUGAACGGAUCGGAGUGACGGUUUGGGACUCUGAGGGCCUGGAGAAGAAUGUCGUCGAUCUGCAGUUGCGGGAAAUGGCUUCGUUCCUUGAGUCAAAGUUCGAGGAAACCUUCACCGAGGAGCAGAAGGUUGUGCGUACGGCUGGCGUGCUCGACACGCACGUCCACUGCGUCUUCUUGUUGCUCGACCCUUCGCGCCUAGACGGAAACAUCACCGCAUCUCGUAGGGCAGCCAACGACAAGCUCGCUCCGCCGAUCCGGGUGCUCGGUUGCCUUGACGAUGAGUUCGACCUGCAGAUCCUGCGCAUGCUCCAAAACAAGACGACCGUCAUUCCGGUCAUUAGCAAGGCUGACACCAUCACCACGUCACACAUGGGAUUCUUGAAGCGCAGCGUGUGGGACGGCUUGAAGCAGUCCAAGCUUGAUCUUCUGGAAGUCUUGGGCCUCGACUCCGACGUGGAAUCCCUGGACGAGCGCGACGAGGAUGCGUACAACCACUCUUCGUCUGACAACGAGCACGACAACUUGGAUGCCAUGAUGGCGGCCCGCUCCGACUCCAACACCUCGCGCCCUGACUCCACGACCUCGGCGUCUUCGCCAUCUCCCAACAACAACAACGGGGCCAAGCACCGCAACCGCGUCUCGGCCAUGUCGGCACAGCUGACAUCCAGCACUGACGAGCUGCCGUACAUACCGCUCAGCAUCAUCAGUCCGGACAUGUACGAUCCAGGCGUCGUUGGCCGACGCUUUCCGUGGGGCUUUGCGGACCCGCUCAACACUGAGCACUGCGACUUCCCGCGCCUCAAAGAGAGUGUCUUCAGCGAGUGGCGCGCAGAGCUGCGCGAGGCGAGCCGCGAGCGCUGGUAUGAAGGAUGGCGGACCGAGCGACUCAAGAGGCGCGGCGUCAGCACCAUCGGGCCCAAGAGAGCGGCGACGUCGACGUUUUGA